AUGACCAUAGAGGACCUUCCAGAUUUUCCAUUAGAAGGAAAUCCUUUGAUUGGAAGAUACCCAUUUUUACUUCCAGGUUCUGAUACACCAGUUAUCUUUUCCAUUUCUGCAGCACCAAUGCCUUCAGACUGUGAGUUUUCUUUCUUCGAUCCUAAUGAUGCAUCAUGCCAGGAAAUUCUCUUUGAUCCCAAGACUUCAGUCUCAGAAUUAUUUGCCAUUUUAAGACAAUGGGUUCCUCAGGUCCAGCAAAACAUUGACAUUAUUGGAAAUGAGAUUCUGAAGAGAGGUUGUAAUGUGAAUGAUAGAGAUGGACUGACAGAUAUGACUCUCUUACAUUACACCUGCAAAUCUGGAGCUCACGGUAUUGGUGAUGUUGAGACAGCUGUAAAAUUUGCAACUCAACUCAUUGAUCUGGGAGCAGAUGUUAGUUUGCGGAGUCGCUGGACAAACAUGAAUGCUUUGCAUUAUGCUGCUUAUUUUGAUGUUCCGGAACUUAUAAGAGUGAUCUUGAAGACAUCAAAACCCAAAGAUGUGGAUGCCACUUGCAGUGACUUUAAUUUUGGAACAGCUCUGCAUAUUGCAGCAUAUAACUUGUGUGCAGGUGCUAUAAAAUGCUUAUUGGAACAUGGAGCAAAUCCUGCAUUUAGGAAUGACAAAGGACAGAUCCCUGCUGAUGUUGUUCCAGACCCAGUAGAUAUGCCUUUAGAAAUGGCCGAUGCUGCAGCAACAGCUAAAGAAAUCAAGCAAAUGUUAUUAGAUGCGGUGCCUCUGUCAUGUAAUAUCUCAAAAGCCAUUCUUCCAAAUUGUGAUCAUGUUACUGGCAAGGCAAUGCUUACGUCACUUGGCUUGAAGUUGGGGGAUCGUGUUGUUAUUGCAGGACAGAAGGUUGGGACAUUAAGAUUUUGUGGAACAACUCAAUUUGCAAGUGGGCAGUGGGCUGGCAUUGAGUUGGAUGAACCAGAAGGAAAAAAUAAUGGAAGUGUUGGAAAAGUCCAGUACUUCAAAUGUUCCCCCAAAUAUGGACUGAUGACGUCAAAAAAAGAUAAUGCUUCUGAAUCACCACUUUCAUUGGCUCCUGGUGAAGAAUUGAAAACUGUAACAGAGAAAGUUACCCUGCCUGGAUCCAUCAGCAGCUCCUCCUCUGCAUCUUCUUUGGAACACAAGCAGAGCUACCCCAAGAAGUUGAGUGCAGGCAGCAAUAGCAAGAAGACAGUGAGCACAAGCUCUUCUCUUUCGUCUAGAGCCAGUGCUGGUUUGAAUUCCUCAUCAACAUCUGUAGCAAAUAAUCCCCGUUGUGAAGGAGAACUCCACCUUGGAGAGAGAGUGUUGGUUGUAGGCCAGAGAAUUGGUACCAUUAAGUUCUUUGGGACAACAAACUUUGCUCCAGGAUAUUGGUAUGGUAUAGAGCUGGAAAAACCCCAUGGCAAGAAUGAUGGUUCAGUUGGAGGUGUGCAGUAUUUUAGUUGUUCUCCAAGAUAUGGAAUAUUUGCUCCCCCAUCUAGGGUGCAAAGAGUACCGGAUUCUCUGGACACACUUUCAGAAAUCUCUUCAAAUAAACAGAAUCGUUCUUAUCCUGGUUUUAGGAGAAGUUUUAGCACAACGUCUGCUUCUUCCCAAAAAGAGAUUAACAGAAGAAAUGCUUUUGCCAAGUGA